GCGGUUGCGUUGAAGAGCGAUCUACCGGUGCGUGAUACAGGAAAGCAGGAAGCAAACAUGAGCCGCUUGCCGAAACUCUGCCUCGUACUGUUACUCUUCGCGACCAUCGCCUGGCCACCGAUUGGUGUAACCGCGCAACGGAAACGACGUCCAAUGGUUAGGCCAAUGGUUAGCAGCACGCCGCCGACCACCCUAGUGACAGUGAAUCGCCAAGGUGCAGCAGGGAAAACGGCACCCCCACCAGUUGAGCCCGCUUUACCACCGACUGCGAAGCGAUGUUCCGAUGCUAGUUGCGGUGCCACGAUGGUUUCACUAUCGCAGGAACUGGAAACCGUCGGUUCCGAGUGGAGCUUCGUGGGAGCAUCGCGCGGGCAACCGGAUCCAUCGCCGAAAGUGGGCUCGCCGCCGGUGGCGAAGGUCAACAACGCUACAUCGCCCGACGGUUCCGGUGACUCCCGGUUCCAAUCCUACAUGCAAUCGCACCACAAGCGCUACUACGCCAAGUAUCGGGCCGACCGGAGACGAUCCGCCUUCCUGAGCAACCUGCAGGAGAUCAACGAGCACAACCAGCAGUUUAAGGCCGGCAAGAGCCGCUUCCGUCUAGCACCGAAUGCGUUCGCCGAUAUGCCCAACAGUGAGUACCGGAAGCGGCUGGUGCGACUGAAGACGGACACACACCGUAAGGUACGGUCGACGAUCGUGGACGAGAUGGUGGCCAUGGCCGGUGAGCUACCGGAGGAGCUGGAUUGGCGCGAGAAGGGCUUCAAGACGGAACCGGCCAAUCAAAAGUCCUGCGGUUCGUGCUACGCAUUCAGCGUCGGUUACGCCAUCGCGGCGCAGCUGAUGAAAAACGUUGGGCGCGUCGAGCUGGUGAGCGAACAGCAGAUGGUGGACUGUUCCACUACGGAGGGCAAUCAGGGCUGCGGAGGUGGUUCACUGCGGAACACGCUCAAGUAUCUGGAAGAGGCUGGCGGUGUGAUGCGCCAGGUCGACUAUCCGUACACCAAUUCGGUAGGUAACUGGGGGAGUGGGAGUGGGAAUAUUACUUCUUAAGACACGUCGAUGGCUAUGAGUCAUGAUGGUACGAUGGAAGGAACCAGCCAGCAACCGAGAAAAAAGGUAAGAAAUCCGCCAACCUAAACCCAUUUUUGCAUCCAUUUGUUCGUCCUCCUCGCUCCACUCUGCGGUCAGUCUGAAAAAAGGGAAGCAUUUCGUAUUUGUUUGAGCAGCAGCAAAACACGAUCAUCGUUCAUUAGUUUCCAACCGAGUGCCGGUGAGUGUGGCUAAUUAAUGCGAAAGGAAUUCGAGCGAACGAGCGAGGGAGUAGGUCACGCGCGAGAACACCGAGAGUAUCCUGUAAGAGACGCUUCGGGGUAUUAUGAUCGUCGUGGAUGGCUCGUGAGGUCCAUGAAUC